GCAGGGUUAGGGUAAUAGUUGGACUUGAUGAUCUUAAAGGUCUUUUCCAACCUAAACGAUUCUAUGGUUCUGUAAGUGCGACAGCCUUGCAGCACCACAGGGGAGAAGACAUGGAAGGUGCUCAGCCCGGGCCUUGAUUGAGGCACCAAACAAGUAGUCAUGGACAGCACCGGCGGAUGUCCAAGCCGAGGAGCCAUGCAUGAGCUUGGCCAUCAGUCCCGCAGUGAUUUUCAGGCCUGCUGAUACAAUUCAACUCACACUUGUAAGGUUAGCAUGUGGGUAAGGUGUAGCAGAUAGCAGUCUAAGUCUCAGAGCUUAUGAUUCCUCUGGAGGCAACAGAUCUAACGUGUUCUCUUCAUUCAUAACGUGUACACAAGCACUCAUUUGAUGCUUAUGCGUGGGCUAUUUCAGUGUCCCUGCUGUUCUUUGAGAAUGCUCUUCUGUUAUGAAGAGUAUCCCAAGGUCAGGCUGGACGGGGCUCUGAGCAACCUGAUCCAGUUGAAGACCUCCUCUGCUUAUUGCAGGGGGGUUGGACUAGAUGACCUUUAAAGGUCCCUUCCCACCCAGACCAUUCUAUGAGUCUAUGACCAUGCUUCAGUGAGUAGCUAGCUGAAGUGUUUGGGGGUUUCUGCGGUCAUUUUAGAAAUAGAAGGCUGUGGCAGUUAGACAUUGCACAUCAUAAACAGGCUCACGUACCCUGUGUCACGGAUAAUGCUUUUUAUUCUGAAAAUGGUUUUAUGAUUGUGAUGGGUUUUACCUUAAGAAUUUUUUGGCUUGUUCCUCAGAAGCCAUGCAAAGAAAGUUAAAACAUUAAGUUACAGUUUUCAUUGUAGCUAACUUUCCUACUUUCUAGUGAGAUUUUUUUUUUCUUAUGGAAAUUUAUGUUUAGUUUUAUAGGCACUUGCUUUUUUUUUUUUUUUUUUUUUUUUAAAUCUGGAAACAGAGUUAAUUUUGUAACUGGACGUUAGGUAUUAUGGGCCUGUAACUGAACGAGGCAAAUCUGUGAUCCAACUUGAAGCUGGUGUGAACCAGUGAGAAGAUGACGGCACAAGUGGCAGGAGAGUUUCUCGAAAUGCACGUGUACCAUCGACCUUCCGACAAUGACUUUGCUGACACCAACAGUUAUUUGGCACCCAGUUCUCACUUGUGCUUUUGAAAACCUUGCUCUUUACCAAAUUUCACUGCAUUUUUCUUGGCAUGAAUCGCCCAGGAAGUAAUACAAUAGAAAUAGAUCUUAAGGAAUUUGAAGAUUUAGUAAUAUUAUGGGCUGGUCUGUGAAACAAGUUGCAGCAGUAGAUUCUGGGUUGGAAUAGGCAUUGAAGCUAUGUUAUCCCUUUCCCUCCAAAAUGUGUCUCCCUGCAGUGUGAGUAUAGAUGACAGGGCACAGUCUGACCAAGCUGCACUGAGCCAAUAAAAAUCUAUCAUUUAUUUGCAACUUGAAUUUGCUUCUUUUGAAACCUCUGGUUUAGAACUGCAAGUUCAAAAUUUUAGCCUUGAUUACUGUAAACCCAUGCUGACCAAACCUCAUUUUAUUGAUUUCUAAAAAUCCUUUAUUCUCUGCAUUACAAAGGAAUAAAUUUUCUUUUGUGCAGUUGUUGCCUAUCAUUUGUGGAAUAGUAGCAUGGUCCAUUUGCAUCAGUGAGUUAAAAGCUACAGGAACAGCUAAUCAGGUGAGGAAAGUAUAUUCCAGUAAAAGAUGGAAGCAAUUUCAGGCCAUUUUAAUGUGGAAUAUGUAAGAGUUUGCUCUUUUUUUUUUUUUUUUUUAAACAAGUCUUUGGUAGCUUUCUUCUCUCAUUCAACUCUCAUUCAGUCCAUUCUCAUGGUUUAUAGCAAGCUGUCUGGCAAUCGCUUGGGGAAGUAAGACAGGUGUCAUGGAAAAACUUGGGCUUGGUCCAGAUGUCCUUCUGCAGGAGAAUCCCAGACUCGUCUAUGCUAGACUUACUGGAUUUGGCCAGACAGGAAAAUAUGCCAGGUCUGCAGGUCAUGACAUCAAUUAUUUGUCUUUAUCAGGUGUGCUGUCAAAGCUGGGUAGAAAAGAUGAAAAUCCUUAUGCACCUAUAAAUCUUCUGGCUGAUUUUGCUGGUGGAGGUGUCAUGUGCGCAAUGGGCAUUGUUAUAGCCCUUUAUGAACGUACCAAAUCUGGAAAAGGGCAGGUCAUCGAUGCAAGCAUGGUAGAAGGAGUAGCAUACCUAAGUUCUUUCCUGUGGAAAUGGCAACGUUUGGGAAGUUGGACCAGACCUCGAGGUGAGAACCUGCUAGAUAGCGGUGCACCUUUUUAUGAAACCUACAAGACUUCCGAUGGAAAGUUCAUGGGUGUUGGUGCCAUUGAGCCUCAAUUCUAUGAGCAGUUAAUAAAGGGUCUUGGGCUAGAUUCAGCUGAACUUCCCCAUCAGCUUAGCGCCUCUGACUGGCCGGAAAUGAAGAAAAAAUUUGCAUCCAUAUUUGCACAGAAGACACAAGCUGAGUGGUGCAGCAUAUUUGAUGGUACUGACGCCUGUGUGACCCCUGUUUUAUCCUUUGAUGAUGCUGCCUCACAUCAGCAUAACAAACAAAGAGGUUCUUUUAUCAAAAAUGAUCAGGAAGAGAUAAGUCCUAGACCUGCUCCUCUUCUAUCAAGGACCCCUGCUGUUCCAUCAUUUAAAAGAGAUCCUUUUAUAGGGGAACACACAGAAGAGAUACUUCUAGAAUAUGGAUUUACUAAGCAAGAGAUUGCUAAACUUUAUUCUGAUGAAGUAAUAGAAUUCAGUAAACCAAAAGCUAAUUUAUAAUCUCUAACUAUGCAGAUCAGAGAAAUUUCAGGCUGAUACAGUAUGGUUUUACAUAUUAAAAUUUAAUUAUAUGACAAAUAAAUGUUUGCAUGAUACAGCUUUUAAAUAAUUUUUUAAAAAAUUAUUGAAGUUUUAAAUUUAAUGGAAAACAGUGGGAGUUACGUACUUGUGUGCCUGAAUGGUCUGCAGUCUAGAAUGGUACCAAUACUGUGUUCUGAAGAUCUACAGAGCUUGCUUAGUAAGCUGCUGUAAAUCCUCCAAAUGUUUCUUUAAA